GCUGCAAUGAUGUUACGUGUGUUUCUAUAUUUGAGUUCUGUUGGAUUUGUCUCUUCGUCUUUUGGUCACAGUCCACUGCACUGCUAUGACUGCAACUUUAAAACUUUCGGAUACGGUAAUGAAAUCAAGGCCACUCACCAAGCCUGCGUUGAUCCAGAAAAAGAUGGCCACCUCCUGACAAAAGUACCUUGUGACACUGCGUGUUUUAACAGACUUGACGAGAACGGCUUCGUCUACAGAGGCUGUUACGCCGGGAACUUCGGCGUGGACUCCAGCCAAGACGGUUGCAGUUUUCAAGCUGGGGCCACGUGGUGUUUUUGCCGUGUUUAUCUCUGCAACACAGGAAUGAAUUUCACACUGUUGCCGUGACUGUGCCGUAACCGUGGAUAUAAAACAGAUACAAUUUGUUUUGAGAUUUU